AACUGCAAGCGCAGCGCUCACCUUCCCGCCGGCCGGCUACAUGGCGGCGGCGGGCGCUGGGCCCGGGCCGGGAGCGCCCCCGGGGCUAGAGGCGGCUCUGCAGAAGCUCGCGCUGCGGCGGAAGAAGGUGCUGAGCGCCGAGGAGAUGGAACUGUACGAGCUGGCGCAGGCGGCGGGCGGUGCCAUCGACCCCGACGUGUUCAAGAUCUUGGUGGACCUGCUGAAGCUGAACGUGGCUCCCCUCGCCGUCUUCCAGAUGCUCAAAUCCAUGUGUGCUGGGCAGAGGCUGGCGGGCGAGGCCCAGGAUCCUACAUCCGUGUCUCUGCCCACAUCGAACGUGCCCGAGACCCGAGAGGCCUCCUUUCUCUCUGCCAAGAACUGUAGUCCCCCUGCAAGGCCCUCCUUUUCCUCGGCCCCGCGGCCUGCGGCCUCUCCGGUUCUGCUCCACGGCCCAGCUGCCACGCACCCGCCUCUCUCUCCAGGGCCCCCCGGUUCCCUCCGGUUCUCUUGCUGCCUGUUCUCUCCUUUCGCAGGGAGAAACAAAGGCAGCGCGGCUCUGAGUGGAGGCCCAGCACUGGCAGAGCGCGGUGGCCGGGAAGGAUCCAGCCAAAGGAUGCCCCGACAACCCAGUGCCACCAGGCUGCCCAAGGGGGGCGGGCCGGGCAAGAGCCCCACACGGAGCAGCACCUGAGACGGGCAGACUUCUCAUACCCCCCAGCUCUGGCCUCUGCCACCCUCCUAGCAGAGGCUAUCUGGGCUUCCCCUAGUUCGUAAUAAAGCUUUGUGAAAAACCAA